AUGGCGUCAGCGCCGCCGCACUCCUCGUCGUCGUCGAUCACGGCGACCGAGGCCGACGUCGAGGCGCAGAAGCCCGUCAACAAGGCCAACUACUUCCACCUCCUCUUCGACCAGGCCGGCGUCACCGAGGCCGUCCUCGAGCGCAAGUACCCCGGCGAGGGCACGCACGAGGCGCCCUACGUGGUCGACUUCCUCCCCGAGGAUGCCCACAACCCGCAGACCUUCCCCGUGUGGAAGAAGUGGACCUACACCAUCGAGCAGGCCAUCGCCACCCUCGCCGUCGCCUUCGUGAGCACGGCCUACUCGGGCGGCAUCGCCGAGGUCAUCCGCGACUUUGGCGUGUCGACCGAGAUCGGCAUCCUGGGCGUGUCGCUGUUCGUCGUGGGCUUCGCCGUCGGCCCCCUGAUGUGGGCGCCGCUGUCCGAGCUGUACGGCCGCCAGUACCUCUUCAUCGUGACCUACAUCGCCCUCACCGCCUUCAACGCCGGCGCCGCCGGCGCCCAGAACAUCGAGACCCUCAUCAUCCUCCGCUUCUUCGCCGGCACCUUCGGCGCCUCGCCCAUGACCAACGCGGGCGGCGUCAUUGCCGACAUGUUCAACGCCAACGAGCGCGGCCUCGCCACGGCCAUCUUCGCCGCCGCCCCCUUCCUGGGUCCUUCCAUCGGUCCCAUUUACGGCCCCGCCAUCCGCAAGCGCUGCAAGUUCGCCGCCGAGGCCUCCGCCGUCCUCGAGCGCAUGCGCCAGACCCACGAAGAGACCACCGAGGACGACGCCUUGGCCGAGCAGGAGAAGAAGGAGCACGAGCGCACAAUGUCCGCCGCGCCUAGCGACGGCGGCGUGCUGUCGGACGACGAGCGCACCGUCCAGGGCGUGAUUUCGGACGACGAGGCCGCCCGCAAGGUGCAGCAGGCCUAG